UUUUAGAAUCUAUCACCACAUCUCUUUCUCUCUGUGAGAUAUGAAAGGCAACAGCGCAUCACAAUUCCACUCGGGCCAGCCGAAGACAUUCCUUCCGUGAGGAAAGCUCCCUGGUCUUCUUCUUCUUGUUCUAAGAGGAGGAGUUUGGAAUUGUUUCUUCUUUGGAUCACAGGAGGCCAUCAGCCAAGUCCCACAAGGAAAUCUUGCAUGGAUACUGCCCAGUGGCCUCAGGAGAUAGGGCUGGUGAAGCCCAUGGAGGAGCUGGUGUCCUCCACCACCACCAGCACCACCUGCAGCAACACCACCAGGCCUCAGAUGAUGGAGAGGAGGGCCAGGCCCCAGAAGGAGCAAGCCCUCAACUGCCCCAGGUGCAACUCCACCAACACUAAGUUCUGCUACUACAACAACUACAGCCUUACCCAACCCAGGUACUUCUGCAAGACCUGCAGAAGGUAUUGGACUGAGGGUGGGUCCCUCAGGAAUGUUCCGGUGGGUGGUGGCUCUAGAAAGAACAAGAGGUCCUCCUCCUCCGCCACCACCUCUACCUCCGCCUCCACCACCUCCUCCACUGUCACAGCAACAUCAUCCACAGUCUCAACCUCCAGGAAGCUGCCGCCAGAGCUCACUACAGCCCCCAUCUCUCUCUCCACCUCUUCUCAGAACCCAAAGUUCCAUGAGGGCCAAGACCUCAACUUGGCCUUCCCCCAUCACAGCCUGCACGAGUUCCAUGACUUCCCCCACUUGGAAAGCGGCAACAACAACAAAACCAGCAGCAGCAGUAAUAAUGGCAACAAUCCAUGCACUGCUGUUGGAGCUCUUUCUGCCAUGGAGCUGCUGAGGAGUGGGAUGGGUGCAAGGGGGCUGGGACCCUUCGUGCCGAUGCCGAUGCCCGAGUACCCCGCUGGGUUUGGAGUUGGACUGCAGCAAUUCAGGCCACCUACCCUCGGAUUCCCCUUGGAUGGUGUUGGAGGAGGGGGAGGAGGGAGCAGUGGUGGUGGUGGGGUGAUGCAAGGGGUGCAGGAGAGCACUGGUGGGAGGCUACUGUUCCCUUUCGAGAACUUGAAGCCGGUUCUUUCGAGCACUGCCGCUGAGUUUGAGCAAAAUGGAGGCCAAGGCGGGGAUCCACCUGGGUUUUGGAAUGGUAUGAUGGGUGGUGGAGGGUCCUGGUAGGAUUAAAAGGAGAGAGAGAAGUAAGAAGAAGGCUGCUGAGAGUCUUAAGAAAAAUGAAGAAGAGGUUGUGUUUAUUUAUCCAUUUUGUUUUUCUAAUGGUGGUGGUGGUGGUGGAUGGCUUUGUUUGGAGUUUAUUCAGCACUAACAGCAGACAGAGGAUACAUGGAGUUCCUUCUCUUUGCCUUCAUUUCUGUUGAUCACUUUUUCCCCUUUUCUUUGCUUCUCUUUUUAGUUUCUCCUAUUCACGGAUCACUGUGGACAUGUGAAGCUUCUUUUUAGGUUGGCUUCAGAAGGGUGUGUUUACAAAGCGGACUUUGGCUGUGUGGUGAUAGAGAAGAAAAGAGGCCUACAGCGACAUGGGAGAUGAUAUAACUCCAUAACUUAUAGGGACUGCUGCACCAUUGCCUGGAUGGUAAAGGGUAAAGAGAGAAGGAUGGACACGGCGUACCCGUGUGAUAUGUUAGGAUGAGUUUGGAAUAAUGUGGUAUUGUAGAGAACUUUGGAGUUUGAGAGAUUGUAUGGACUGUGAAAAGGGGAAAAAAGAACUGUCUAUUUGUUUAUUUAAAUUAUGAAACAAAAGGGGAUUGAGUGUAAUAUUUAUGUAUUAGUGCUUUUUUUUUGG